UCGGCGGGUUUAUUUGAGACAUUUUGUCAGUCCAGUAAAACAUAAGCCGCUUGGUUAUAUGCUUCUUUUCGUGUUAUUUAGAUAAAGUGUAUUGAAUCAUUCGCCGCUGAUUUCAACGCAACAAAGCAGUAACUGUAAAAGACUGUUUAAGCACCAGCCGUGUGAAAUGAUGGAAAACAUGGACAUAUCGUGCGGAGAAGUAGACCCGGGAAAUGAAUCUGCGAUGGACGUCGACGAAGGAAUGGACGUUUGCUCAGAUUCCGAAAAAAGUCGCUUGCAGGAAUUCACCCUUAGCGUAAAUAACAGCGUGCUGGACGCGAACAACUCCCAAGGCAGUACGUCCAACAAUGCAACGUCCGAAAUGGGAGACUCGGCCAACACAACCGUUGUGCUGAAUAGCAGUUUUCCCAAGCAACAAGAAGCAAGUGCACCUGACGGCUUAGACAAAAUCACGCGAUUUCCACUGGGAAUUGCUAGGGAGUGCAACCAAACGAUAAACUCCUUGAAUAGCAGUAAGGAGCGCAUAAAAUCGAGCUUGCUCAGCAGUCCCAUUAGCAAUGACUUGCGUCUUGCGGGAAAAGAAAACAUGUUUACAAACACGUUCGAUGCUCAAUUGUUCGAAUUUCCUACGGAAACUAAGCCUCAGGGCGAUAAAUUUCCCUUGGAUGUGCACGAAAUAUCGUCGGUUCCUGAUGCAAUCCCAGCCCACUGCGCUCAAUCAGAAGAGGAGCAAUUUACACCUGGCAGUGAUUAUAUUUUUUCGGCGGCUGACUUCGAUUGUUUACUGUCCCGUGGAUCCUCGCAGGCGGAGACUGCGGCAGUAACAGCAUCGGCAGCAUCUUCAUCACAAGAAACAUCUACCGACCUUCCGAGGCACUCGGUGCUCAUCAAUUUCGACCCACUUUUGCGUCGGCAAACCAUCAUCGCUUCGCCAGACAAUAAUGACACCAUAGGAAAUCUCGAAACGACAUCCGCAUGUCUGGCCUUGGUUGAUUUUGCACAUCAGCAGCUGCAGCAACAACAACAACAACAACAACAGCAGCUACACGGUUCCUUCAACGUUAGUCCACUCAUCCCACUGGUGGAGACGAAUGAAUUUGAGCAUAUAGGAGUUUUGCAACAGGAGGAUUCAAGUUUGGUGUCUUCGGCUGUGCCAGAUGCGGCUACAGAGCAAUUAGAAUUAACUCUAACUACAGUUGAAAGUGGUUAUAUCGAAGGUGUAAAUACCCCAGAACGAACGCAGCCUACUGAAUCGAACACCCUAGAGCAGACCGUCGUUGAAGCGCAGAUUUUGAAUAAUUCAGUGAGUAUCGCUUUGGAAGAACGUGCCCCAGAUCAGAACCAGGAAGAGAACGGGGAAAAUACGGAUCGUCUUUCGCUUUCUGGUAGCUCUAUAGAGCAAGAUUUCUUUAAAAGUAUUAAAAGUGAAGAGCAAUACACACAGCAACUUUUCACGGAUACGAGUAACCCAGUUGUGGAACUAGCGCCAAAAGUGAGUCCGGUUAAACCGACCAAUUCCGAGGAACCAUUGGGCGAAACUAUUGUAUCCACGGAUGACGGAGAACAGCAGCAAGACGACAUAAAGGAAACGACAGAAUCUGCCUUAGCGGCGGUAUUGCUCGUUGCACAGUCUAACUCAGCGUCGGACGUUAAAACAGAAAAGGAUAUAGAAACUCUUGUUGAGUUCGAAACGGCCCCUGUGGAAAGCAAUGUGCUAAUCUCCUUCAGCAACAUGCUUGCCGAACCAUUACAAGAAAAGCAGAACAGCACAAUCCACAAUAUGAGUGACGAUCGAAUGGCUCAGCACGAAGAUGAAAAUGUGGAUUCGGCAAAGAAAAAUAAAAGUGAAGACAUCAACAUUGCAGACAUGGAAAAAAAGAUGCAUGACGUUGAACUGAGGGAAGAGAAUAUGCUGAAACGAAUCACCGAGAAGGAUAAAACUAUUUCUAAAAUGAGCAAUGUCGUUGAGGCAUACGAACGUACGAUUGCAGAAUUGAUAUCAGAAAAGGAAAUGUUGAUUCGAAAUCAUGAAUUAGAAUGUGAAAGUCUAAAACAAGACAACGAGAUCAAUGCCCAGCAUCUUGAAUCGUUGGAAAAAACAUUCUCCAACCUGUACAUGAAAUAUGAUCGGAUGAAAAAGAAUGCCGUCAAGUACAAAGAGCACGAAGAAAAGCUAUUGGAAAAGAUAAUGAAACUGGAAGAAAGUCUUCGUGCACAGGAGCAACGGUACGAAAAGAUGAAAAGUCAUGCAAUGAGUCAACUAGAGAUUGCUAAUACCAAAAUCGAUGAAGCACUGCGCAACCAUUCCCAGGAAUCGGCAAAAUUAAAGGCACAGAUAAAGAAGGAGGAAUUGUACCGAAUUUCAAUCAAUGAACAGCUCAUUCAAAAGUCGAAGGAAAACGAGGAGUUGGUGAAAAUCUGUGACGAGCUGAUUAGCGAAACCAAUUAAAAGUGAUGGGAAAACGAAGGCGCCCAUCUCCUUGCAGCUCUACCUGUUUUGCAACCUCUUGACGGUCACAGUGUGGAGGAAUAUCGUGCAGACGAAAAAGAAAGAGAUGCUAUGUGAAGUUGUUCCAAGGGGCCCAAUGCAUUAAACUCUUUUACAAUGUGUUGUGCAUUGUUCGAUUGUAGUCGAAAGCUUAGUUCGAGAUCUGAUUUUUUUUCAAAGCCCUUUCCAUAAACAUGCUUGAACCUUCCCUCCUUAUCAACACGAAUCAAGCUACCAGAAGCGAACGGUGGUCUCUCUAUUUAUUUUUGUUGCGUAAGCGGCCAUGUGUCAAUACCGGAAACUGUAUCGUUUGUUUACCCCAACGACUCGUUUGUUUUUUUUUAAUCCUUUUUAUGCAUUCAAUUUUCGCUCCUUAGAAAAACUUUAUUGAUAUACGCUUUCCUCAAAUUCUAGUAAUCAGCGUGCGUUUCCCAUUUGUGAGAAGCCAACGACGCCAUGAAUAGUAGAAGAGAAAUCAGAAAAAAAGUACAGUUAAUAAAUAACAGCUACACAGAUAUAAUACUACCUUAACAACAACAAAACCUUGUUUUACUCUUACUUAACUCUUGCCUAACAGGAACAAUGUUUGUGAACGUUACCGGCGCGAAUAAAUCAAUGUAUUAAAUUAA